UGAUGUCAGAACGAAGCAGUCCCUGCCAAUUGAAAAUUUACCGCCAAUAACUGCGCAGAAGAAAAAAAGAGAAAAAAACGAAGAGGAAACAAUAACUACUUCACUUUCGAGACGCAAACGACUCUCUUCACGUGAAGAGUUGUGUCUUUUUUCAAAAAUCGUGGAUGGCUACGAUGGCUUCCGACGACGAAGCUGCUCCUGAGCUGCUUGAAAGCGAGGAUGAAGGAGAGUCUGGCGCAGAAAGUUUCCUCACGGAGGACGAGCUAGCUUACGAUGAGGGGCUCGAUCCAGCGGAAGAUUUUGAUGAACAACAGGAUGAGCACACAGAGCCUUGCACCUCUGGUGAAGAAGAUGCCAACCACUCUGCUUAUUGUGAAGAAGACGGUUCUUCACUUAGAGGCCAGAAGAGAAAAAAAUCUCCACAUCUGACAGCCAAAUCCUGGAAAACAGAGAACGAUCCAGACAUUUGUCCACCGCCUAACAGGUUCAUCCCAGCCCGACCACCCGGACAUCAAUUGAAUUCAAACAACAAACACAUGCCGCUGGACCUCUUCAAGCUGUUUCUCAGCAAUGAAGCCAUUUCAACUCUUUGUGAGAACACAAACAAACAAGCAGCCAAAAACAUUGGAAAAGGCAAAAAGUAUUCAUGGACUGACCUCGACGUCCCAGAGUUCCUAAAUUAUGUCGGACUCACUUUCUUCUUUUCACUGGUGAAACUGGAUAACAUCCGUGACUACUGGAAAAAGAACACGAUAUUCAGUGUGCCGUUUCCGGCUGACGUCAUGUCACAGGACAGGUAUCGGGCGAUAUCUUGGAACAUCCACAUGAGUGAUCCAGAGAAAGAUGUUGAGAAUGACAGGCAGAAGGGAACGCCGCAAUACGACCAUCUCUUUCGAUUGAACCCCCUAAUGGACACCAUCAAACACGCCUGCAAUACGUUUUACCACCCCAGGCAGAACCUUCUGAUUGAUGAGAGGACAAUAGUGAGGAAGAACCACGCUGGAAUGAUUCAGAAAGGGGCAGCAAAACCAAACAAGUUGGGUUUCAAACUCUUUGUUCUGUCUGACAGCAGCAACGGUUACAUCUUGGACUUUGCUGUGUACACUGGAAAGUCACGGUUUGAGUCAGGCACUGGGCUUGCAUACGACUCUGUUAUGACCCUGAUAAAGUCUGCACACCUGGGCAGUGGUUAUAACCUGUUUCUGGACAGUUUCUACACCAGUCCAAAACUCUUUAAAGACCUGCUGAGCCUCAAUGUUGGAGCGUGUGGAACAUACAGAGACAACAGGAGAGGCUGCCUAACAACACAUUCAAAUGCUCUGAGGAAAAAGGAUCCCAAAGGCACCCUGAGGUGGAUCCGUGAACCCCCUGUAGUUUAUGUGAAGUGGAAGGACUUCUGUGAGGUCAGCAUCUGCUCUACAGUCCACCAGGCGUUCUCUGGACACACCGUGGAGAGGAGAGUGAAAAGUGAGGAUGGCAAGUCAACCGUCAGAUCCAUUCCGUGCCCAACACCUGUCAUGGAAUAUAACAAGUACAUGGGAGGUGCUGAUAUGUUAGAACAGUUGACACAAUCCUACUCUGUACACCACAAAACAUCACGCUGGUACCGUGUACUGUUCUUACACUUCCUGGAGAUUGCAGCCACCAACAGCUUCCUGCUUCACAAGGAGCUCUGCAGAGAGAAACACGAGGAACCCAUGACUCACAGGGCCUUCCUGGAGGAGCUGACUGCCCAGCUGUGUGGCGUAACAGUCGCCGUCCCCCCUACCAAGGGCCCGAGUGGCCACCUCCCUGUGCCGAUCUCCAACCAACCCGAUGCAAGCAAGAGGGCCUCGUAUGGACGAAGGACCUGCGUGCAGUGCAGGCUGAUAAAGAAGGAAUAUCAGUCUACCCCCUGGAAGUGUAGGGAGUGCGAUGUGGCCCUGUGUCUUAUUGCAGACAGGAACUGCUUUGAGGCGUGGCACGAUUAAUGUCGAGAUAAAAAAAAAAAAGCAGGAAGGAAGGACUUAUGUGAAAUCAGUGUAAAAGUUAUUUCUCUGUUUCUUGGAUUGCUUUUUUACCCUUAAAAAACAACUCACGUUCUUUAAUUUUGUGUUCUGAAAUAAAGUUUUCUCACUUUCAGUA